UACCAAAUCGACGGUAUAUUUCGGCUAAGAUUUGUCAGUGAAACUAGUGCCAAUGAGUGUGAAUAUAUGGCGGCGCGAGUAUUUUUACUGAGUAUCUUGUUUACAGAAGUGCUAAAGCCCGUUUAUGCCGCAGGUGUUAAAGAAAUUGGAAUUGGUUUGCAUACUAAAAACGUGUCAAAAUCAGAAGGCUUCAAUAUUAAUCCAACCAAAGCUUCUGGUAUAACAUUGGAAGUUCAACCUAGUGGUCAUGUGAUAUUAGGAAAAAAAGGAAUUACACUCACUUGUAUAACUGGAUCAAAUCAAAAUAUUUCUUGGUUACACAAUGGAAUAUCAGCACCACCAUGUGGUAUUACACGUUGUACUCUUCUUAAAAAUGGUUCUCUUCAUUUACAUAAGAUGGUGCAGAAAUUUAGAGAAAAAAAUAUUACUACAAUUAAUUUUAGAGAUUAUUAUAAAGAUGAGUAUCGUUGUGUAGUACAUACUAAUUUUGGACUUUUAAGAUCAUCACCUACAUUUAUUCAAAUAGCAGAAUUUGCUUACGUAUUUAAAGAGUCUCCAGAAAAUAUAACUGUACAAGAAGGUGAAAUUACAAGAUUAUCUUGUUUAAUAGAUAGUGUUCCUUUUCCUAAUAUUACAUGGCAGCAUAAUGAAAAAAUAUUAUUGCCCAAUCAGAGUAAUUUAAAUAAUAAGUAUAUAAUGGUACCACCAGGUGUUCUGUACAUAAAAGCAACGAAGUUAUCAGAUGCUGGUACAUAUAGAUGCAUAGUAAAUAAUGAAUUCCUAAAAAAAACUAAAAAAAGUAAAGAAGCAAAAUUAACUGUUAUUUCACAACCUGAGGGUAAUGGAUCGUAUAUACCACCAUUGUUAUUUCCACAAAUUUCAUACAAUCAUUGGUUAUUAAAUGGAUCAAAUCUUAGUUUAACAUGUGCUGCAUCUGGAUAUCCACCACCAAUUAUAAUGUGGUCAUUUAUUCCUCGCUAUAUUGCCAAUCAUAAUGUUGCACAACCUCGCAUUUUGCUUAAUUCUAGUAUUGGUAUUAGUAUAUUAUCACUAGUAAAUGUGAGUGUAUCUGAUGCAGGAGUUUAUAUAUGUUCUGUAAAAAACUUUAUUACAAAUAAUGUGGAAAUUCAAAAUAUAACAGUAAAUAUAUUAAUACCACCAUCAUUUGUGAAAAUACCUACAAAUCAAAUAUGUCCAAAUGGAAGAACAGCAAGAUUUGAAUGUCAAGCACAAGGCUUACCUGUGCCUAAAAUAUAUUGGUUAAAAGAUUCAUUAAAUAUCACAAUCAAUGGACGUAGAACUGUAUAUAUAAAAGAAUCUAAUAAAAUGGAACUAGCAAUAUCGGCAACAGUUCCAUCUGAUGCUGGUAUUUAUCAAUGUGUUGCUGUAAAUUCAGCAGGAGAAAUUUGGGCUGCAGGUCGGCUUCAAGUAAAUACAUCUCGUAAUAGUCCUGCUGCACCUACCUCUUUAAAAUGUCGUGCUCUAUCACCAGUUAAAAUUUUUAUUUCCUGGGUACCACCAAAGUCUCUAUCACAUAGCAGUAUUAAAGCUUAUACCGUCCAUUAUAGUCCCGUAGAAGGAGGUAAAGAAGAAGUUUCUCCGCCUGAACCGGGUAAUUCUACAUCAGUAGAAGUGACAAAACUUCUUGAACCAUAUACUAAUUAUUCCUUCUAUAUACGAGUGUGGAACAAUUAUGGUCCUAGUGAUCAAUCUGCCACCAUUUUGUGUUCUACAGCCCCAAGUGUUCCUAAAGGUGCACCAAAAGUAAACGUGAAUAUACUUAGUAGUACAAAGUUAAAUAUAUCAUGGGAGCCAUUAACUAAAAAGGAGUCUCGUGGUAUUGUGGUAGAAUAUAAAUUACAGUUUAGAUUGCAUGAACAUCCAUCAUCUCGGGUUUUUUAUUUAUCCGCUAACAAUAAAUCCUAUAUACUUUCUGAUUUAAAACCUGGAGCACAAUAUGAUUUAAGAGUAUUAGCCAGAACAAAACAAGGUUGGCCUAAUGUAACUGAAUCACAAUUAAAAUGGACUACUGUUACUAUGCCACCAGCUGAAUCUAAUCAAUUUGUUAUAAAAAAUAUUGUGGAUGUACAAGUAUUAAUAGUAAAUACUUCAAUUGUGAAGGUGAAAUGGAAAAUAAAUGUUCAUGAAAAUGACAAAAUUGAAUCGAAAUUUGAUCUUUGGCAAAUUUAUUGUGAAAAUCAAAGUGGACAUAAAUUAGAAAAUAUUUUUUUACCACAAAAUGUUACCGAAUAUGUAUUUACUAAUCUUAAUAUAAAUGUUUCUUUUACAAUGGGUUUAUGUAUGAUAAGUUCUGGUAAAGCAACAGGCUGUUUAACAAAACAAAUAGAAACUAGUACAAAUAAUGUACCAAUGGCCUUGGAAGCAAUUCCUGUUUCAUCUACUUCUAUAAAUGUGACAUGGUCUCUAAAUGGUGUGCAUGAAAUAAAUUCUUUCGAAUUAUGUUAUCAUGCAAUUCAUGCAGCAAAUUCAGAUAAUCCUAAAUGUUCUAUAUUGAACGAUACAAAAGCAAAUGUGGAUAAACUGAAACCAUUUACAUUAUAUCAAUUUAAAGUAAGGGCCAUUCAAAAUAAUACAAACCAAAGCAAUUUUUAUAGUGAGUCUGUAGAAUGCUAUACAAAUGAAGAUAUCCCUGGAAAAGUAGAAGAAGUACAAUGGUUUUUAAUAAAUAAUACAAAAAUACGAAUUGCAUGGAAGGAACCAAGUAAUAUAAAUGGUAUUAUACAAAAUUAUUUUAUUAUAUAUACCAUGGACUUAAUGGAUUCAGUUAAAUCAUGGAGAAAUGUGACAGUACCUGGUAAUAAAACUUCGACAACUUUACCUGGAUUAAUUCCGGGGAAACGAUAUUUUGUGAUGGUACAGGCUAUGACAAAAGCUGGUUAUGGUAAACUAUCAGAUCCUAUAAUAAUCCUUACUGGUGGUUCAUCAAAUCCACCAAAUCCACAAAAACCAUCACAAAAUAUAAGAUCUGAUCAAAGUCUUGGUGUAAUUCUUGGUGUAAGCAUAAGUAUUGGAUUUAUUAAAAUUUGUCUCUGCAGUAUAUAUUGUCGAAAAAAAUGUGAAAAUGCUCGUAUUUUAAGAGAAACAGCACAAUCUACAAAAAAUCGAACUUCAGUACGAAAUAGAUGUUGUACAGAUCAAAUGUCUACAUCAGUAAGUCAACAAAUGAAUAGUAGAGUGGUACCUAAUGAAAUUGAACUUGCUGUUCUUUGUCCCACGUCUCCAAUUACUAAUCCUCAUUUAGACACUAAAGGUGGAAAAUCUAAUGGUAUUCUUGAAUCUUGCGUAAAAGAACCUUUAUUACCAUCAUGGGAAAUAAAUGGUGAACCAAAAGAUAUUCAUACAACAAAAAAUUCUCAGUACAAAAUAAUGGACAAUGUUGUCUUGAGUGAACAAAAGCAGGAUCAAGAACAAGAUUUAGAUGGCACGCAACUCACAAUGGUCAAUUGUACUUUAAAAAGUAGUAAUAGCAGCUUAAAUAAUAAUUCUGGUUGUCCAGACGGAGAUACAUCUUUAUCAAAAUCUAUGUGUAUAUCUGUUCCGACGCUUGGACCAAAUGGAUGAAAAAAAACAUUAGGCAAUAUAAUUGCGUGUUCAUGUUUUCCACCUAUGCUCCCGUGCUACAGGUAGGAUGUAAAAAUUUUCAUGCAACUUGAAUUAUUUGAUUAAAAAAAAAGAAUAUAUAUAAAUGAAAAAAUAUACAUACAAAUGUAUGUAUGAAUUACAAGAACAAAAUUCUUAAUAAAGCAAUGCAAGUUACUAUAUUUUACAAGUUUAAUACGGCAUAACUUGUAAAUAAAAAUACUAAUGCAUCUAGAUUAUUGUAAAUAAUAAUAGUUUAAAAGUGCAUUGAAUCUUUUGACUAUUAUCUUGUAUAUAAUGUUUCAAAGCAAGUUAGUAAUAUUGACAACACAGUAUUUCUAUGUUAACAAUUUGACAAGAAAAAAUCUAAUAAUUUUUAGAUUUGAUUUUAUAUAAAAUGAUACCAUGGCACAGAUAUGUUAAUGAUACUUAAUAAUAUUCAUAACUUGCUCAUAUAUCUAUUGAGAUGAUAUUUAUUAAAAAAAAAAAAAAAAAGAAUGUAAAAUUGGAAAUCAAGAAAAUGAAAUAAUAUCAAAAUUUCUGAUAUAUUAACACAUGAAACAUCUAUUAAUUAUAAAUAUGUUCAUAAAAUAUCAUGUUUUGAAUAUUAAUGAAAGACAUAAACAAUACAUUCCUUACAUUAGAAAACAAAAUUAUUGAAUAUCUAAAUACGGGUAUGGCCUAAUCUAUUUCACAAUAUAUAUUGCUUUUUAAAAAAGCAAUAUAGUACUGAUCAUUCCAAAAUCUUAAAUUUUCUAUUAAUUAUAUCUAAAUUAACAAAAAAUUCUUAGGUUUUAAGAAAUUAAGAAAAAUACUAAUCAGAUUUUAUGUAUAAAAAAUAUAGUCUUAAGUUUUUUUCUUUUAUUAUAAAUAAUAUAAUUACAUAUGUAGCAUUACAAAUCUUGGUAAAUAUUUAUUCUAUUAAAAAAAAUAAGAUAUCAAACAUUUUUAAAAAAAGUAAUUGAAAUGUCCAUAUUAAUUUAAUAGGAUCUUUUUUAUACUAAAUAUUGAUAAUUAUAGUAUAUAUUAUUAAAAAUUAUAAGAACAGGAAAAAAUAAAAUUUUUUUAAUAUAUGUAAAAAAUAUCUAAAAAGUAAAAUAAAUAAAACAAUUCAAAUCAUUCAAAUAUUAAUGUAAUAAUUGAAAAUAUAUAAUAUUAUAUAUUUUUUCCUGUUCACAUAAUAAAGAUAAGUCUUUUAUGUUGUACAAGACAUUUAAAGUUAACUACAUCAUACAAAGCAAAAAGUAAAAAUGAAAGAAAACUAUAAAUACAUAUUCCAGACUGGUGCAUGUUACCAUGACAGAAAAACCCACAACACAGUACCUGAUAGUAUAAGCUAUAUCUUUUAGAGUGAGACGUAGAUAUGUCAUGUUAUUAUUAUUGUGUACCUCCAUUAAUUGUUAUUUAUUACAUUUUACAUUCAGUACUAUUUUAAAUGAUCAUAUUACACUGAAUUUAUGCAAUAAUAUAGUCAUUACAAGCACAGUAUGAAAUCAUGUAAAAAUAGAAUUAAUUCAAGCUGCACAUGCUAGAGAUUUUAUAUAUUUAUUAUGCAGAGUUUUACAUUUUUGUACAAAAUAAUUUGUUAAACAUAUAAUUUAAAAUCAUUUUCAAUUCUGCUUUGUGUUGAAAUGAUGUUGCUAUGAAUAGAGAUUUUUUAUAUUAUAUAUCUGAACAUUUUUAAAUUUAAUUCACGAUUUAUUUUUAUGAAAACUCAAUAUUAAAAUUGUUAAAAAAUUUUACAAGAUCUGAUUAGAAGUUUUAUGAAAGAUAACUUCAUUUGAACACCAUUUAUGAAUUUGUUACAUAUUCUAUGAUCACAAUUAUUAGAAUCUCAAUUUUAUUAACAUAAAUUAUUUUAGCUAUUUAUUCUUGACAAAUUAUGUUGUUAUGAAACAUAGAUACAUUUCACUGAUAGAAUGCUUGUUUUGUGAUUUUUAUUUAAAUGAUUUGUUUUCUAUUUGUUAUCAUAUUUAACACAACUUGUUACAUUUUAUGUUAUUCACAUAUACUUUAGUAUACUUUUAUAUUUGUUGAAGGUAUUCAUAUGUUACUCUUCUUAGAGUUAAAUAAAAAAUGAGAAUUGAUAUAUAAUUAUAGGCAACUAGUAACUAAUCGCUCAUGAAUUCGUUUUUUUUUUGCAUUAAUUUUUAAAAUAUUUUUUGCACUGUAUGUAUAUGUUAAUUAUUAAGCUUGUACAAUUUUCUAAUAUUAACGAAAUUUAAAUUACGAAUAUUGUAAAGAAAAUGGUAUUAUUUUUAAAGAAAAAAAAAAUAACAGAUCAAAAAAAUUAAUAAACAAAAAAAAAUAUAAUAAUUAAUAUUGCGACAAAAUAUUCGAUGGUAAAUGUUACAUCUAUGUCACUUUAAAAAAUAUUUUAGUUUUAUUGUACACAAAUCUUAAUUAAUGUAUUAUAAAGUAUUUUUAUUUUUUAGCAGCAUAAUGUACUGUAUUAAGCGCGAUAUUGUUUUAUUUGCUAUGAACAUAAUUUUCUUUAUGCAAAUCUUAUUUAUAUUAAUUCGUAUCUUGUAUAAAAAGUUUCCAGUUUAUAAGACAACAUUUACUAAAUUUAAAAUGAAUUGAAAAAAAUAUUGGUAUUAAAUUGGUAUGAUAUAAUAUUUAUGAUUAAUUGUAUAAAGAGAGAAAAAAAAAAGAUGUGAUAAGUUUUAAAGUUUAUAAAAGAAAUAGAGUCGCCGUGCUGUUAUCUAAGCAUUUUAUUAUCAAAAGAUGAAUUACAGUAUUGAAGUACAAAGCAAUAAACACUGUUAUUUUUAGACUACAGAUAGUGAAAGACAAGUAUUGUAAAUGUUACAUUUAGAAUAUAACAAUUUAUAUUUGAAAAAAUAUUUUGAAAUUGAGGCUAUUUUGAUUACAAAUUUUUUAAAAAAUAUUUGUUUGUCUUAUAAAUUAUUGUAUACAUUGAUUUAGAAAUAUUAUAAUUUAUUUCUUUACUAUUAUUCUAGUGGUAUUUUGAUUAAGUACAUAAUAUAUUGUUAUUCAUAUGUACUAUGUUUAUCAUUUAUGCAUAAAAUUUCUUCAUUCAAACUUGUACCUUUACUAAAUAAUAAGAAAAAUAGUAUUAUUUCAUUUCAUUUGCAAUAAUUUUUUAUUAAAUAUCAAUCUGAUAGUAUUGGCUAUACAGAUAAAGUAUUAAUUAUAUUGUACGGCGACUCUAGUCAAGUAAAUAUACCUCUAUAACUGCCACCCUAUACAGGGUAGAUAUUUUACAUUACUUAAUUUUAACUUAACCUCAGUACCUAUUACACAGCACUAUGAUUUUAGUUUACACAAUUUACCUCAAAAAAUUUAUUGUCUCAUUCAAUGAGUAGAUAUAGCCAAGACAUUAUACUUUAUUUUAUAUAAGACAUAUAUGAAAAGAUAAACUUGAUAAAAAAUGAAAUAUGUAUUAAUAUCAUUAAUUAUAGCAAUUAUUGUAUAUUAAGAAAACUUUAAUUUAUUUUUUCACAAAACCUUUAUCUUUUUUUUUUUCAUAAAACCUAUAUAAUUAUUCUAUUACUGUAAUUAUACUGGUUUUUUAGGGUGCAGUUACUUUGUAUAUAUUUUUAUUAUGAUUAUGUAUAUAUAUAUAUUAUCUUCAGAAAAUACUAAAAUUAUAUAUUUUAAUAUAUUAUGUAUAAUAAAUUAUAGAUUAUAAUCUAUUGUUUAAAGUAUUAAAACGAUACACAAAAUAUUUAAUGAUAUUGUUGACUUUCAAUAUCUUGUUGUAAUCAAUAAUUGAAAUAAAAGUAAGGUAGUGUAUCGUUAUUAAUUGUAUUAAAACAUGUAAAAAAUAUCCUUCUGAAAAAUAUUCAUUUGUAAACAAUUGCAAAGGUAUAAAAAAAAAUAAGCAAAUAAAUGCAUAAAUGAAUAACUUUAUUAUUAAAGAAUUAAUAACAAUUAUUUUAAAAGAGUAUUACUAUUAAUUUUAUUUUGAUAAUUAUCGCCAUUUUAUUAUAAUAUUUUAUGCAAAAAUUAAGUUUACUUUUAUAUAAUUUUCUUCAUUUUUUUAUUUUUAUUAAUUUUCUUGUUUGGCAUUUUUGAAAUAUUUUCUAACUUAAUUAAUAUUAUUUGUACUUGAUUUAAUACAUUAUAUAAUUUGAUAUAAUAUUUUAAAUUUAUAUAACCACAAAAGCAGUCAAUUUAUUUGGAAUAAAAAGAUUUCUAAGUUAUUCUGAAUCAAUAGCUUUUGGAAGAUAUAUAUUAAAUGGAAUGCAAUGGAUAUAAAAACAUAAUUCGCAUUUCUACAGAUUUCAUUAAUUGUUUAACAGUUUUAUUUAUUCUUCCAGUCUUAAAAAAAAUUUAGUAUAAAAA